AUGGGUAACUUGAAGUCUUUAUGUUCCGUCGCUACCAUCUUAGUAGCGAUCGCCUAUUUUUGUUUCAGCGGAGUAGUCGUUGCGGAUAUAGCCUUGAUUAAAAGCAUCUGCAAGCAAUCCCAAGACUACGACUUUUGCAUGACAAGUCUCGGCACCGACCCUCGCUCCGAAACGACCGACGUACGUGGCCUUGCCAUGGUCUCUGCUUCACUCGCGGUUAUCCAAAUUCAAGAUACCCUCGGUCGCAUUCCCGACAUUAUCAAACAAACGACCGACCCUGUUGCUGUUCGGCGACUCGGGGUAUGCGAAAAUGAUUACGAUGGUUUGUUGGGGAAUUUCCAGAACGCCUUCCGCGCUACUUCGAACAAUGCCUUUCAGGAUACCGUAAAGUUUGUUAGAGAUGGAGCAAAACAAGUUGCUGAUUGCCAUGACAUUUUCAGGAAGGAUGGACCGAUUGCUACAUCGCCGAUUGAAGGGGAUGAUGUCAAAGUGUUCAAAUUAGCAGAGCUGGUUCUGAUAGCCAUUUAUCGUCUAAUACCCAAAAUAUAG